AUGCCGUCUAUAUACAAAGGAAAUUUAAAAGCAUAUGAGUCUUCAGAAGAGAAUAUGAUCAGAAGCGUUAGUGUCUAUUAUUGUGGAGGCAUAGCUGGUAAAAAGAAAUAUCGAAAAAUAUACCGAAAUAGUUGUUAUAAGACAAAGGGUCGUGUCCAUCUUUCUGACAAGCUUAUGCCAUUUAUUAAAUCGGUAAAUGUAGGUAAUAUUUACAGUGUUUACGAUACUCUUUGUGAUGAAGAUGAUAAAGUAUGCGGUUGUUAUCGUAGCUUGAAGGAGCUGCUCCUACGUCUUGCAGAGUUUUACUUGUCUGGCAAAAGUGGUUAUACCCGCCGAUAUUCAACAUAUUGA